AUCAAAUACUAAUGAAAUAAGUAAGGACACAUAUUCUAAUAAAGAAUUUGAUGGCUUGAAUGAUGAAGAUACUAAAAAUAAUAUUUCUAUAGCUUUGAAAAAUCUUAUAAAAAAGCAUUAG